ACGGUUUCGAAGUGAAGCACUCAUUUUCCAAUCAUGUUCACGGUAGACUACAAGCAGGAGUUUGUAGACCAUGGGCGAAUCCUCAUCCUUGUGAAAAAUUUUGAACCAAUGUGUCCGAGCGCUCUGUUCGAACAGCUGUUCGGUUCCCUGUGCGAUCAACUCAGUUUCAUCCACCCGAAGCAACUCGUGUCCCGGUCGGAUUCUGGCAGAGGGGGGCGAGGAACCGGGAGCGACUCGUUCGCCGACCUUUCCAGUGACGCAUACAGUGAUCUGAGUGACUCAAGUCGGAGGCAGUCCGAACAACAGUCAGUCUGGUUGCGCUACGUUCGUGACUAUUCAACGGUAAACCUUUCCUGGGCUUCUUUCCAAGCACAUCGUGCCAUACUGGGUCUGGUCGGUUUUUGUCUUUGUACCGAAACCAAAAACGUGGUGGAUUCAGUGCAAGCCUACCUUCAGCAAAAGGCACUCAUAUCCGAGACUCGACUAAGCGGCCGUCUGUUCAUUCUUGUUCCAACCACGGGGUCUUGUGAUCUCACCAUUGAGGACGUGAACCAAAUCAUAUCGGAUGAACUUCAAAAGAUGCCACAAAAUCUACUUCUGACUGUCGGAGAGAUCCUGGCCCACCCAGCCGAGCAGCUGUUCACUACGAACGCGCUAGUCGUAAAACAAUCGACCCUCGACGAUCGUUCGGUUACAAAUGGUCCGGAUAGCAAACCCCAAGUUGAUUCCGUCAAAUCCCAUAACACGUCACCACCGCUUCUGACUCCACGAGUUGUCGGCACAUUGGUCGACUUGGCCGCACAGAUUCGGGAUGCCCUGCAAAACACCGUGGAGAGUAUCAACCCUAAACCGUUUACUGGUCUGCACAAAAGCUACGCGCCUUCCGGUGUUGACUUAUCCGAUGGGGAGAGUUCCGAAUCCGGGAUGAGCAGUUUCUCCGGCGGUCCGACUGUAAUGAGUGAUGUUGGGUCUGGGAAGGCAACGGUGGAUGGAUUGAAUUCUUUGGAUGAGCGUCGCUUUAUCGUCAAACCCUAUCUGAAUUACACGAGCAAUGCGGCCGGUAAUCGGGGUCUUACUAACCCGAACGCUGCUGAAGAUGCUGGUGCGGCCAAACAACGCCGGAUUUCGGGACGUUGGAAGAAACACAUGGCUGAUGUGGCAUUGCAGAUUGGAGACUUCGAUUUGGCUCAACUCUACUACGAAGCUGCAUUACAGCUACUCAAACCGUUAGGGGAUCACCUUUGGGUUGCAGGUUCAACCGAGGGGUUGUGUGCUGUGGCUGUUCUUCGACGCGUUGUUCAGAAUCAAAACAUCGAUCCCAUUCAAUCCGGGCGAAACGCGGUUCCCGUCAGUUCAAAGUCUUACGGAUCCGUGCAGAACUUGAGUCGAAGUUCGGAAAAUCCUAUCGGAUCAGAGACUGCAUCGCAAAAGAUCAAAAGGGUUGUCCAUGCGCAUCCAUCGGAAUUUUGUCAACAAGCUCUAGACGCCCUGGAGCUGUACAAAAAGGCUGUGAUCGAUAAAGGUAUGCUGGAAGAAAUGACUUUCAAGGUCGCUCGUCUCUUAGUCACCGAAAAACAAUCUGUCAAAGCUGUCGAUUUGUUAGACACCCUCGUGGGUGUGACUCUGUCGGAGGAAUUCGAUGGGAUGAUCGGCAAAGUGAAACGCUUGAGCACGUUGGUCGAAUUGUUCCGGGAUUUGGGCUACUUGCGACGCGCUGGUCUCAUCGCUUGGUUAGCGUUCGAUCAACACAUUCGCUUGCCAGGCGAACAAGAAUUCGGGACGGUAUUCCGUAGUUUACGGAUCAAUCACUUCACCGCGCGUUCUCUGAACGAUCCAGACGCCUUCGCGGUGGAUAACGAAGACGUUGGAAUUCCAUCGGACUCGAGGCCGAAACAACCCGUUCUUCGGAAAUCCGUUAUUCCCACAUCGCUGAUACCGGAAAAACGUCAAGAACUGUCGGUUUGGGUCCCUGGCUCGUACAAGUUCGCCGGGAAAAAUGGAAGUAAGACUGCGCCAGGUGGGGGAAAACGGAACCAGCGCAUCUUUCAGUCAAACAAGCGCCUGCCGUGGACAAAUCAGUUGACAUUCCAUCCUACUGGCUGGUCAGCUCUACAAGUCUCGGUAGUUUGCCACAUUGUGGACCACCUGAAGACGGAGGCCAAAAUUGAGGAUUCCGCAACGGUCGCCUGGGAAAAGGGGCUUCAACUAAUCGGUUUCAUCCUCUCACUGCUUGACGGAUGGCCUGACGUACUAGGUACACCGCAGUGUUGUACAUUCAUGGAAGAUUUAUGCCGCUUGGCUGUGCUGCGGUCUCCGGACCAGCCGCGUCUGACAUCUUCCAUGUUCACUUCAAUGUCAGAUGCGUCCGGCAACGUGGACAGGCGCCUAUGGCCUCGGCAACACGGUAUGGUCUUGUCGAAUGGUGAUGAUGUGGAAUGCGCUGCUGUGUCGACUCAACCGCGGCAGCUCGUGGACUUGAUUGAAAUUCCGGUGCACAAACUCCCUGUUUUGAGAAAAAUCACAGUCAUGCCCCUACCGGACUAUCUCAUUCCGUGCGAACUGUCACAAGCUGCCUUGGCCUCCGCAGUCCCAAGCUCCGCUCAUACUUCACCCGUGGACUGUUCGGAACCAAAGUCCACCACCACUGAAUCAGGUGUCGGGUCAGUCUCAUCCACCAGAGUUUUCUUCUACGCGCCAACUGGUCCCGACCUCGUCGGGGGCAGCCACACUAGUGCCGUUGACUGGGUUUGUGAAGAGCCGGUUGAACUGGAGUUCUUGGUGGACAAUGUCCUCCCCGUGGAUUUACGUUUAUCCGAAUUGCGUGUCGAAUUGAUUCGAAUCGUAUCUCCGGCGAACAGGAACAGUUCCAACCAACCCCAUACCAUACAGUUGGAAGCUGUCCGUUUGAUCGUCGAACUGCCCACGUCGACCGAUAAUCCGAGGAAAAAGAGUAAACCAUGUAUCGAGGAUGGUUAUCCCGUGGAACUGAACAAAACGUGUUUGUUAGAAGCCGCACAAGAUUACCGUUUCCAUCCGCGGACAAAGUUGGAUACGAGCUGGCGUCGACGUGCCAAGACAGUGAGUUGUGAACUUCCUGCCAAGACGUCCGGCAUCCGGCUACUUGUCAAUAUUGUACCAACCAUGGAAAUGCUACGGAUCCUAGUGCCUAUGGAAGGAUCAUCCGAUUGCGCCUAUUAUCGAAUCACUGGCUUAACUUAUCGUCUAAUCGAUUUUGGUGCAAUGCAUGUUUGUAUCCGAGUCCCGAUGGCCUAUCUCGAAUCGGAACAAAAGAACACCCUUUCUGUGGAUUCCGAUAUCAAUCCAAUGCGUGUGCGUCGCUCCAGCACCUCGUCAUCUGCGAAUUCCACGGCGUACAAUCUUCGAUCCUCGCUCAACAGUGGGUUGGGCUCGUUAUUAUCUUCCGGAGAACGGACAGUUGUGGAACAUCCGACCGUCUCAAUGAUCAGACCACUGUUUUCCAAUCUGCCGCCUAUUCGAUUGCGGUCCCCGAUGCCACGUUUGCACAUUUUCCCGGGCCUCGUCCGAAGCGCCCACACGUUCACCGAAGCUUGCGAGUUUCUACCCUCAGUGGCCACACCGUCGAUGGGCAAACGUAUCCACCUGUCGUCCAAGGACAACAUUCACAUCCAACCUCCUUGGUUCCAUCCACCGCAAUCUGAUCACUGGUCAGACAAUGUCGCCUCUACAGUUGAAGUGACCCUUUACCCGUUCGAGUCACGUUGGAUGCCGUUGCAAAUCUUAGUUCGUGAUGAGGCCCACAUUAACCUUCCCUCGUCCGAUCAACCCGGCUCCACAAACGAAUUGGCACGUCAGAUGAACGUAUUUCGUGCGGCAGUCAGAGCCACCGAGGAUACCAAUGUGCUGCUGAAAAAACUCCAGUUGUCUACCCCUGAUGUUGUGCAAUGUGUUGGUGUCGAGUCGAUUCAGAAAAAGUUACCCAUAACCGUGCUGAACAACGAAAUGAAGCAAAUCGCUUCGAGGAUCCACACCAGCUCGGAUUCCAGUGAUGGUGCGGAACCGUUCCCGUUCUGUGCAACCGACUGUGGCCUCAUUUGGCUCUCGUUUCAUUCCGAGUCGUUUUGGAGAAAACUUUCCGUCGCGACUUUCAUAGACUCUGUGGAGCGGGAUCGAAACUUUCGUACCUCUAAAAAGCUAUUCUUUGAGCUGCGCUUUGAGUAUGCCGUGGAUGUACCAUGCAAAGACCCUCAGCCCAGUUCAGCGACAUCCUGUUCGGGACCCAAUUCACCCUCGUUCCUAUCCAUACCAGCUCGGCGGGUGUCUUUUGGAAUUAAUCUGACUUUCCUGUCCUCAAAACACUCCCCCUUAUAUCUUUACUCACCUUUGCUCGUGUUUCAUGAUGAACCUUUCGAAGAUGAUUCAGACGAUGACCCUGAUGAGUCUGAUGGACCACCUCUAGCUCCGGGAGAACUCCGUUCGGAUGCCUUUUUCUACGGUACUUUGCAAGCCCGUCUACCCGUCAGUCUGGUGCCUAGACCCAUUCGUUUUGUGAAUCGUCAAUAUCGCGUACGUCUGAACGUUACCAGUUGGUGGCGUAAUCGUCCAACAUCCCCCGCCAAGACAUCGUCCAUCGUUCUCCAGACCCCUUGGAACACCCUGACGGAACUCAGUCCACAAAAGACCAGUCGAAUACAGCCACAAAUGACUUCGUACAACGAUGCUUUGGCCUCAUCCUCCUCGCUGGGUAACGAAUUCUUCCGAUGUGUGGAAAACCCAGACGAUCAGGUGGAUCCGAACCACCCCCAGGCCUCGCACCGCAUCUGUUUGAGGUUGCGCAAGCUCAGUGAUGUUGUACUCUCUCCGAAGCUGUUGACGCUCAGCAAUUCGGAAAAUCUGCGUUCUGAUGAAAUCGGCCUGCCUAUUCCUGUGGAUCCCUCCAUCGCAGUGCAUGCGAUUGAAUCGAAUCUGGGUAUCAUGUGGCAGUCCUACUUGGAUGGCCGUCUCCUGAGCUCGGAUUCAACCGACAAACGUACUAGGCCGCAGAGCAAUGUUCUUCCAGAUAUCCGUUUCUAUCGCUUCGGGUGUAUGUUGCUUGCGACCAACGAGAUUGAACCGUGGGAACCGGAAUUGUCCAGAGCCUCACUGGACUCGAUUUCCGCUCCGAUGAACACACCCCUGAAACCUUGGUAUGGCCGCGCCCUUUCCACCGCUUCAGCCGUCGCCAGUUUGUUGUGGUGUCACGCGCUGCGUCUUCGUGUUGCUCUGCUUCCCCCAGCCGAUGGUCGUCGCUUGGGGGUUUGUGGAUCCUGUUCGAUCGCUCCGAGAAGACGCACAUCCAUCUUUAGUCGGCGUGGUUCGCAGCCAAUCGAAGAGUACGCUCUUGACCGCAAGUCCUCGAGAGCCGGUCACAUGACCCGUAUACCCGAGACCGAAGAUGAUAUACAUCAGUAUGCCGAAACUCGACGCAUGUCCAUGCCGGAACGACAGAAUCCGAAAUUACUGCGUGGCCUCAAAUCCGAUUUGUUGAGUUUCAGCUCGCAUGUUUGCGCGCACCCUCUGGAACCGGUGUCGAUUGUAAUCUCAGGGUCAGUAUCUCACCAUCCACUGGCCAAUUUGCGGCUAGAUGAGGGAUGUACCAAUCGCUCGCCCGCUCAGAAUACCCCCAUGACUUGCCCAGUUAGGAUUCAUCGCGUAUGGACUGGUCCCGUGAUUUAUGAGAUCGUUCAGCAAAAAUCCGCAGAGUCCGCGCCCACUUCACAACUCAGUGAACCACUAAUCGAGGGAAAGGAUUUCUGUUUUAUUGGCACCGCGUCCGGUAAAAUGGGGCUCUCACUAGCCUCCAACUCCUCAGUGAACCAUCCCGAGGACUCGAAUAUCUGUGCAGUAUGCUUUUUUCGGCCCGGUCGAUUUUGGCUGUGCGGAUUGAUUGGGUUGCUUCACCCGGAUUUCCAACUUCCCUCGACAGAGUCUCAAACACCGGGAAGUUUUACCAUGCCAAAUAUAAGCAAUGUCCAGACUAUUCGGUUCUCUCCGAUGGGCGUCAGCAUACAUGUCUUCGACACUGGUAGCAGAAAGGAUGCUGGCUUGCCACCAGCUCCGUCGCUAUCGGCAACAAGAGAAGCCUCAUAGGGUUGCUGCUGUUGCGUCAGUGCGUUCCACACACACACACACACACACAUGCCUUCAACACGGUAAUGGAUAAUGAUGGUAACUCAGCACCAAUCUAAUGCAUUUAUGCUGACACUCACUUGCAUUAUGAAUUGCGCUGAACAUUGUGGUGGUUCACCCCUGUUCUACCACGUCAUAACCACACACACACACACACACAUCUCAUUUUGUAAUUUGGCCCUUUUUGCAGGCGAUUGUGAUCAUUUGGAAGCCUUUCUUUGUUUCUUUUUUAUCAUUUAUCUCCCCCUCAUUUCUUUUCCUCACAGAUGAGCUUUUUUCGUGUGUGUUUGUGUGUGAUAACCUUGCCUCUGGAUUCGUUCAAUCUCGAACGUUCCACAGUCGAUUGUAUAUCCCUACAUCCCAAUAUCUUGUGUGUGUGUGUGUGACAGCUCCUGUAUUCGUUACCGUCGAAGUUCGCGAGAAAAUUUUC